AUGAAGACAGCGUAUUUCGCCUUAGGUGCAGGCCUCGUGGCCCGAGUUUUCGCGGCUUGUCCAUUUGAGAUGUUGAAACGCUCUGGAGUGCUCACCGAAGCAGAUCUUGCCAAGUUCGAAGCUGUCAAGCGGGACCCCAAAGCUGCAGAAGUGCUUUUCCAAGCGCACAAACGCGAAGCUGCUCCAGAUCCAAGCCCAGCUGGCAUUAUUGGACCAAUCGUGAACGGUGUUCUCGACUUACCCUACGGAGGAGGUCUUCUCAAUGGAGCACUUCAGGAACUCACGGGCGAACUACAAGCCGUCGAUGUACCUACCCCCCAAAUCAUCACCCUCGAACAGAUCCCAGGCAACGACCCUGCGCACCAAUUCCAAGCCCCAGGCCCGACCGAUGUACGUGGCAUAUGCCCAACUUUGAAUGCCCUUGCGAACCAUGGUUACAUCUCCCGCGAUGGUAUCACAAGCUUUGCCGAAGCCGCCAAUGCUGUCCAAAUAGGUUAUGGCUUCGACUAUAGUCUCAGCGUUUUCCUCUCAGCUCUUGGACUCAUGGCUGGCGGCGACCUUGUCUCGGGCAAAUACACCAUUGGAGGGGCUGAUGCUCGCGUCCCAAACACCAUCGGUCCUGCCGGUGGUCUCGACAAACAUGGCGUCUUUGAGAUCGAUGGAAGCAUCACACGCCAAGACGUAUACUUUGGUAACAAUGCCAACUUCCUUCUUCAACGAUGGCAAGAAUACGUCAACGAGACCUCCCAGACCGGCGGACUUUUCAAUCAGGCGUUGAAUGCUAUCGACAAUGGCUAUCGUUAUGACAUCUCCAGAGAGACAAACCCAGACUUCCUCGCCGGUGUUAUCUGGUUUUUGGUCUCCCAUGCGGAGCGUGUUUUCGUCUACGAAGGUCUAGCCAACGGCACCACCGGUAUCCCAGACUACAACAGCGUUGCUCCCUUCUUCCUCAACGAGACCUUCCCCGAGAACUGGUACCGACGCGGGGUACCAUUCACCCUUGUCGGCGCUAUGACGCAGGCCAUCGAGAUGUUCCUGAUGAAUCCGCGCGAGAUCGGAGGCAACGAGGGCCUGGGGAAUUUCGUCCCCCUCGGCUUUUUUAACGUGACGAACCAGACGCCACAGGAGUUGGGCUGUUUCAUCUUGGAGAACCUCCUCGAUGUUGCACCCGACCAGCUUGCUCCCGAAUUAUACGACAACUUUGAGCUGGCCACGGGGUUUAUUAAAGGUACCAAUCGUCCUCUCUCUUUCGCAUUGCCACCAAGAAGAAACCUAACACCAGAAUGUCUGUCAGGAACCAUUGCGCCUUUCUUCAUCAAUGAUGGCUACUUCAACUGUAACGCCGCAUUGAAUUUCGUCAAGCCUGGACAGAGCGCUGGAAACUCUGACGGCAGCGUUAGCUCAUCAGGCUCGCCAGUUCGUUUCUCUGCUUUCCCUUGGUACUGUCUUCCAGCCGCUGAUUUGUGA